AUGGAAUCUGUAGACCAUAAGGUAGAGUCUAUACUUAGUGUUGUAUCUCUCUCAGUUCCACCUUUUUGGGACAUGGAUCCUGUUUUGUGGUUCGCUCAUCUGGAGGCUGAGUUUUAUAACCACAGAAUCACUUCCGACUACGCGAAGUAUUGCAAGCUCCUGUCCUAUCUCCCCAAGGAGAUAUCAACGCAGGUUCGUGACGUUAUCAUUUCUCAGACCGAUAACCGCUAUGAGGCUCUGAAGGAGGCCACGAUUAAGCGUGUUAUGCCCUCUGAGAAAGUUCGCCUGCAGCAGCUUUUCAGGGAUCUGCAGCUGGGCGACAAACUGCCCUCAACCCUGCUACGAGAGAUGCAGCAACUCCUUGGUUCCUCAACCAUGGACGAGACUUUACUUCGCGAACUAUGGCUACAACGGCUACCGGAAAACACGCAAGCGAUUCUCGCUACA